AUGUUUUGAAAUGCGGAAUGCUUUGGUAAAAAACAAUUGCCUAAUUAACUGACAAAUAUGUCAUAUUUGAUAUAUUGGGAUUUCCUUGUCCUCUCCGUUUCCACUUAUUAGUGGCUAGCUAGGAACCAAAACUAUUUAUUGCUAUAAAGACAACCACAUAAGUUUCAUAUUUAUGACAAAAGAUACCACAUAACUUGCUAGUGAGCCAUUCCUCCCUUUCUCUCUCAUAAACUGUCACAUUUGUUCUAACAGCAAUUGGCCUAUAUAUAUACUCCUAGAUCUUGCAUUAUUCAAGUAGGCAAUGCACAUAUGGAGUUAGGCACAGGCAACAAGAGCUUGACAGAAAAUGGAGAGGAGAAAAACAGAGAAGAUGAUGACAAGAAGAAAAAGCAGCUUGGGGGGAUCAAAACAAUGCCCUUUAUCCUUGCAAAUGAAGUAUGUGACAGAUUUGCAACAACUGGGUUUCAUGCGAACAUGAUAACAUACCUAACACAGCAGCUCAACUUGCCUCUAGUGAAGGCCUCCAACACUCUGACCAACUUUGGUGGAACCGCCAGCUUCACUCCGCUAAUUGGUGCACUCAUUGCUGACUCUUGUGCUGGCAGGUUUUGGACCAUCACCUUUGGUUCCAUUAUCUAUGAACUGGGACUUGUUAGUAUCACUUUAUCAGCAGUGCUACCACAUCUUCAUCCCCCGCCAUGUCCAACUCAAGUUAACUGCAAAGAAGCAUCAUCUACCCAACUAUGGUUCCUGUACAUCUCCCUCCUCCUCACCUCUCUUGGCACUGGUGGAAUUAGGCCUAAUGUUGUCACCUUCGCUGCCGACCAAAUCGACAUGUCCAAAUCAGGUGUUCAAUCUAGAAGCUGGAACUUCUUCAACUGGUACUACUUCUGUAUGGGAUUGUCAACUCUCACUGCCUUAACUGUUGUGGUUUAUAUACAAGACAAUGUGGGUUGGGGCUGGGGUCUUGGUAUUCCUACCAUUGCUUUUGCUUUGUCAAUUUUAGCAUUUCUAUUUGGUGCUCCUCUUUAUAAUAAAUUGAAGCCAGGAGGGAGUCCCUUAGUUAGACUGGCUCAAGUGAUUGUUGCUGCUGUGAAGAAGAUGAAAUCUAAGGUGCCAGAGGAUUCAAAGCUUCUUUAUGAAAAUAGAGAACUUGAUGCUUUCAUUUCUGUUCAUGGAAGACUCCUACACACCAAUCAAUUCACGUGGCUUGACAAAGCUUCAAUUUUAACAGAGUGUGAAGCAAGCGAUAGAAACCCACCAAAUCUAUGGAGGCUAGCAACAGUCCACAGAGUGGAGGAGCUAAAAUCGAUUAUCCAAAUGCUGCCUAUUUGGGCUGCAGGAAUCCUGCUUGUCACAGCUGGUUCGCAUCAGCAAAGCUUUGUAAUCCAACAAGCUCGAACGAUGGAUCGUCACUUAUCCCACUCUUUCCAAAUCCCACCAGCCAGUUUAUCCAUAUUUAGCAUCCUAAUCAUGCUCACCGGUCUUGCCCUCUACGAACGCCUUUUUGUUUCCUUUGUUUGUCGAUUCACUGGAAACCCAUCAGGCAUUACUUGUCUACAAAGAAUGGGAAUUGGAUUCAUGGUUAACAUUGUUGCUACCGUUGUUUCAUCUCUCAUUGAGAUGAAAUGAAAAGCCGUUGCAGCAGAACACAACUUGUUAGAUGACCCAAAAGCUGUGAUACCAAUCAGUGUGUUCUGGUUAGUGCCUCAAUUCUGCCUCCAUGGAGUGGCUGAAACGUUCACGUCCGUUGGGCACUUGGAGUUUCUGUAUGACUAGUCACCAGAAAGCACGAGAAGCACCGCGGCAACGCUGUAUUGGAUGACCAUUUCUAUGGGGAAUUACAUUGGUACACUGCUGGUUUCUCUGGUGCACAAAUAUACAGGGAGAGAGAACAAUUGGUUGCCUGAUUGGAAUCUCAAUAGGGGAAGAUUGGAGUACUAUUACUUGCUUGUGAGUGGUAUUCAAGUUAUAAAUUUGGUCUACUAUCUAAUAUGUGCUUGGUUUUAUACUUACAAGGCAAUAGAAGAGAUUAGUAUCAAAGAAGGAGAUGGAGAUGAAGAAGAUAAGAUUCCUCAUAAGAGACUGAGUGAUGCCAAUGCCAAUGGAGAUUUGGAGCUAGCAAAUGAUAUAGAGUGAAUUGAUUAUUGCUUCUUCGGUACAAUAUUACUAUUUUUUUAAUGAAGGAAUACUUCACUUGGUAUUUCAGUUAUCUUAACAGUUAU